UACAGAUUCAGUGUGGUCGGUGGUGUCAUGUGUUAAGUGUCCAACAUGGCUAGGUUACUAUGCUCUAUAAUACUCCUAGGUGGAGUAGCAUUCACACUGGCCUCAGCAAUCACCACAGACGACGCAAGCUCGGCCAAGGGGACAGUAGAGCCUCGAGCCCAGAGCAGGCAUAUACAGGCAGGCGCAGGUGUGAACCACUUCCACCCUAGGACACCUCAGGUGGCUCAGGCACUUAGGAGGAGCAGACCUACAUUGACAGCUCCUCCCUACGCUGUACAGAUGGAGCCACUGGUGCAAUACUCACAGAGAGAUCCUCUGUAUCAUCAGCAGCGGCUGGCGAACCUCACUAAGGACAACUCUAUUGAGGAUAAGGUACAUAGGAUCGACCACGACUCUGAAGGAACUAAUCUGGCAGAGUCGUAUGGUUACGACCCAAGCUACCACCACCAGCACUACUAUCAGGAGCCUGAGCCAAUUAUUGAGAUUAUUAUCAAGGAAUCCAAUGAAUCGCUACCUGCACCCCCACCACCACCUGUUCAACCAGUCAAGCCAACAAAAGAGCCUGUCCAUGUGUUUUACGUCAAAUAUAAGAAAAAUCCACAUGGGAAGGGGGAAGACGACAUAAUUUACGAAGCGCCAAUUCCUGCAAUAACUCCUCCAACAAAUGAUGAGGAGAUUGAACACGAUUCUUCCCCACAGCUUUCAGACACAGUUUAUGAGACAGCUACAGCAUCACCACCUCCAAGUACCACUCUUCGAACAGUGAUUCACCCAGACUCAGAGAUAUAUCACGGAUCAGGACUAAAAGUCACCUUUGGGGAAACGGAAAUAAAAUCAUCUGAUGCUACUUAUGGUGAAUCCAACUCACCCAGUCCUUCUAUAGCCUUGCCUAAGAAAGAAGCUCAAAGUAGGCAGUCAAAUGCAGUAGUGAACAGCCACAACAGCCAUUCCCCCAUCAAAAGACAAGGGAUUUAUCAAACAAUUCCUCAGGAGAUUUAUGAUCAAAACCCUCCAAAAGUUGGCUCAUCUGCUCCGGUCCCGACGUUUCAAACACCAACAGGGAGAUUUCAGCAAAACUCGUUCCAGGCACAAAAUACUCAGCCUCUUCACUACCAUCAGUCCCAGCAAAGCAAAGUCACUUUCCCAAGACAGGCACCUACUCAACAACAACAACAGCCAUCAUUUAGGCCACAGCACACGGGAAAUAUCCUUGGUAGCACUCCACAUAAUCAUCAACAAUUCAACCACAGGCCAAACAACCACCAACUCCAACAACAGUUCCAGACCCAAGCCAGUAAUGUACAGCAGAGACAAGUACCGAGACAACAAAACAAUCUGUAUUCUACACUACAAUCUCCCACACAAAAUCCUCAUCAAAGACCACCAUUUAGGGGUAAUCAGCCUCAGUUUGAACAAAGACCUACUCAGUUCUCUCAGCCACUAAAUAAUCCUCAGCAGUUCCAAAAACAGCCUCAGGUCUCACCUCAAUACCCACAACUGGGUCAGCAGCAACAACAAGUAACACAAAAUCAGUUUAGAAGUCAACCGAUCAAUGUUCCUAAUCAAGAUCUCACUAGAUUUAACCAACAACCUUUCCAGUCUUCUCAACCCUUGAACACACCUAUUCCCCUUCCUUCAAAACCACUUCAUCCACUGUACGCUCAUCAUUACCAACAGCAAAUUAGUAUUGCACAACAACAACGCCAGAACUUUAUUCCAUCAACUCACCAACCCCAGCAACAGUUCCAACCCAUCCAACAACAACAACCUCUACAGCAGCAGUACAGGACUCCCCAGCCAACAGUGAACAUUCCACGUCAACCACCUACUUCACAACCUAUACAAUCAUAUCAACUGACUUCCCCGUCACCCAUUAGUAAUGAAGCUAAACACAAUGCUCCACAUUUCCCUGGCGGUCAAAUCAUAAAAUCAAUUUCUGCUGCAGAAGAACACCAACUGCAGAAUCAGUUUAACCAGAAUGUGCAAAUCAACCCUCAACCUACUGUUGAUCAAAUAAACCAACUCAAUCAGCAGCUACGAAGUCAGCAACUUGCUCAGCAGCAGUACACUCAACAACUAGCCAACCAGCAACAGCAACAAAUAAAUCAGCAGCUUGCGACCCAACAACAGAUAAAUCAACAGUACAACCAACAACUUCAGCUCCAGCUACAGAACCAACAACAGCAGCAACAACAGCAGCAACAACAACAACAACAACGGUUUGUGAACAGCGACUCAUCAAACCAGUACACUGCAAAACCAAGUCACCAGAGGCCAGCCCAAUACUCUCAUCCAAAUCAACUUGUAAGCACAACUUCUCAACCGGUCAAGUCAACAACUGUCGCUUAUCAAACAAAAUACAAUCAAGUAUAUUCACAAUCACCUUCGACAACUCCAACACCCACCGAAGAAACACCCACUUCCACAACUGAGGAUCCUAAGACAAAAGCAGAAAAAGAAAAGAAGUUUAAAGAGAAUCUGGCGGCUUUGCCUGAUGAAGUCCCUGAAGAUAUCAGGGAACAACUGUUAUCUUCAGGUAUCCUGAGUAACGCUGACAUUUCAAUCUUAGAUUACGAUAAGGUGGGAGAUAUUCCUAUUGAAAAUCUACCACCUGAAGCCUUGGAGAAUUUCUACGGAGCAGGAAGUGCUCCAGUUCCAGCAGUUGUAGCUCCAGACAGUGCUCCAGUCGCUGCUGUAGCUCCGGACAAUGCUCCAGCAGAGUCUAAAGAUGUGGAGAUGAAAGUGGUAAGAUACGAUCCUUCAACACAAGAGGGACAGAAAGUAGAGGAUUCCUACAUAAAGGACGAUGCUACCCAAGUGGAUUCAGUGAUACUAAAUGAUUCAAAGUACAACAGGUAUCUACCUUUAAAAGUGAGUGGUGUUAACUUCCCUCUUCCGGACGCUACAAUUUUGACAGGCAAAAAAGUUAACAGUGUGGUUGUUUUGGCUCCUGUAGAUUAUGACUUUGUCAAAGAAGCUGAAGAGGAGGAAGAAAGAACGGGAAGAUCAGCACCAGUCCAGGUGCAAGGUGUGAGGUUCAUUGCUGGUAACAUCCUCAAGAUGCUCAUCAAAGAUCCUACAAAGGAGAAUUAUAAGCGGUGGCUAGCAAAAGAAAAAGGUCAUCCAGCUGAUCGACAAAGUGUUGUGCUUCUAGUGGUUUCACCCGAUGGAUCAGAGAAAGGAAAGGAGAUCUUCAUGUACGACAUAAACUCAGAGAAGCUAUCUCGACUGAGGGGAGAACUAAGCUCAACAUUUGUUGAGGUAGCUGAGAGUAAUGCAAGCAGUCAAGAACUGGACGGGCUGUCAGAUACUGAGGGAGCAGCUUCGGCAAAACAUGAGGUCAGAGUGGCAGCCCCAGCCAGUGUGAUACCAGCACAGCACACACCGCAAUCCAGGUUGGACUUGGCCCAAAUCCCGGAGGAUCUCACUAUAGCUGCUUCAGAACCUGAGGAGAACACAGUUUACCAAGCCCCAACUAUCAGCACAGGCUACAGCAAGAUGGCUGUGCAGUGAAAAUGUUGCCAUACCUAGUGAUACUGACUGUACGGGUUGUAAUUCAUUGUAAACUUGCGACAUUACGAACACAGUAAUGUUCAAACAUUGAAAUCGGGUGCUACACCGAAGUCAAUCUUCAGGACUCCAAAUGAUUCUCAGAAUUCAGUGUCUUCAAAAACAUAUUGAUUUCUUACAUUGUAGGUUAUUAUUUCAGUUUAAAAACUCUUAUCUGAGGUUCAUUUGAUACUGUGCUUACGAUUUGUUUCCUUAGAGCAAAUGGUCAACUGAACCUCUUUUUAAACAAUCUAGUUUGGUUUUUGCCUCAUCCUAAAAUUAUUUACUUCAGUUUUGAACUAAAUCCUCUCCUUUAGGUGAUUUUUGUGUGAUAUUUUUGCACAUAAUAUUGUUUAUCUGUUGAAAUAGAGCAGAACAUAGUAAAUUUGUUUGAAGCACACUUUUAAAUGUUAGCUUUAAGGUGUCCUAAAAACUAGAAAAAAUAGUUUAAUGUACUAUUUGAUUUUAUACAACUCGACCUUACAUUCUAUCUUUGUGUUGAAAAGAUAGAAAAGGCAUUAAGAUACAACAGAAAACCAGUAUUUAAUUAUUGUUCUCAUGCGAAUUCAAACAAAGUUUUUAUUGAUUAAUUAGGAAUCUGUUGUUAUUAGUUAUGUAAAUAGCACUGUAUAAUAAAGUCACAAAUUUUUUCAUUGACUCUUCUGUAAUGUUAGUUAUUUUUAUGGAUUUCUAAAGUACUUUUCUCCAUUGCCUUCUAGACUUCAUAGUACACUUAUAGAAACUUAAAAAUACUUUUCAUAAUAUAGAAUGUUUUAUUGUUUAUAUUUUCUUCUUAGAAUGUAAUUACUUAAUUUACUUAUGACUUAAAUGUGUUACAAUAUUUUAUACUGUUUAUAAAGUAAUUUAACAUUUUCCUAUAACAAAAUGAAACCUGUGAGAACCUGUGAUAUCUUUAUGUGUUCAUUAUCAUGUUUAUGAAUUUUAUACAAUUGAAUUACAAAUUGACACACUCCUACAAAAACAAAAGGAUUCUCUCAAUAUUUUUUGGUAAGUUUACUUUAUUGCUACUUAUUAAAAAACCUUAUGUAACCCAAAAGUUAUUAAAAAAUUACACUUUAUGGUAUCUAUCUACUCCACAGAUUGCUCAAACUGUGCAGUUUCUAUAUAAAAUAGGUAUUUUUAGAACUUAAGUCACCUGUACAUAAAAUUG